AUGACAGGCGCGCGAGUCGAUGGACCCAAAAACCAUAGCUAUGAAGGUUCUAAAGUUAGUGUGACCACAGCUGUAUCCAGAAACCAUUUUUCUGUAACACAUUCACCACAGUUCAUACCCCAAAAGCUGAAUUGGAAUAGAAAAGGUUGUUUCGGUUGGUGGUUACAUACUGUUUGUUCACAAUUAAGUGCCCCGGGUAUCAAUGAUCAAAUUGUCCUAGAUUCUGUAGAAUCCCCUGAGAGUUCAGGUGACGCCGAAGCUCCUGAACCAUUCUCGACAGAUGAAACGAAGAUCAUUGUUGCACGCCUUACUCGAAGCCAUUCAAAUCAUCACGAAACACUUCUCUAUAUGUGUGAGAGCCUGACAUCGCACAUCAUACCGAGCAAACAACAAACCUUAACACUGAAACCUGUACUUCCAGAUAGAUUAUCAUCGAUGACCAACUGCCGGGACAACUUUAUUUACGGUCUGCGAAACGGCACGGUAAAACUAACAUGUCGUUCAGCAAUUGACGCAAAUGGUUAA